GUCAAGGACUUCUCGCUGCGAUGCUGCGGGAGGGAUCUUCUGGAGGGCUGCUCUGGAGUCUGCUGCUGCUCCUUUGGCUUACGCCGUUCAGGGGCCGUCGGUAAACGUGCUUGCACCGGAGCUGUUCUCCAGCAGCCUCUGCUGCUUUACUGGCUAACCCCACGGGCCAAGUACCAAGAGCAGCUGAGCGAUUGCAGUGGGAGCAUGCUGAGACAGAGGGAGCGGAGCGUUGUAAGCAAGAGCCAAUUAAGCACCUAACUGUGUUUCUUCGCCCAGUCUUUUGAACAACUUUAUCAGCUUAAUUCCCUGUACUUUCCAUGCACAAACGAGAACAGAGGUUUGUGCUUCCCUCUGCGCUGAGCGCUUGUCUGAGCAGACUGGUCAUGUUUUGGUGUUGCAAUGGAAGCGUGCACUUAAUCCUGCUGGUCUGGCAGGGAAGGCAUCGAGGAAGAGGGGGAAGCUGGCUGUCAGCAUCUCUCCGGGGCUGCCAGUGUGUUGGUGGAUGAGCCCUCACCUGCAGUUUGCUUGAAUCUCUAGGACAGCGAUGGUCUGAAGAGGCUGGCUCCAUAGCUCCUGUGCUACUAGAGCUCUGGGAAUUAAUUCCUCACCCCUCUGGUGGAGACAAGGAUGCAGAGUUUGCAGCCGGACCCCAAAGCCCAAUACAGGAGUGUGUACGAAGCACUGAAGAAAAUCGUUCUUACAGAGGGUUUCUGGAGGCCUUUACGUGGGAUUAAUGUCACCAUGCUGGGGGCUGGCCCUGCCCAUGCAAUGUACUUUGCCUGCUACGAAAAAAUGAAAAAGACUCUAAGUGAUACUAUCCAGCAUGGAGGAAACAGCCACUUGGCCAAUGGUAUAGCUGGGAGCGUGGCCACGCUGCUCCACGACGCAGUAAUGAAUCCGGCUGAAGUGGUGAAGCAGCGGAUGCAGAUGUUCAACUCCCCCUACAAAUCCGUCCUGGCAUGUAUAAGGACAGUGCAGAAGACGGAAGGGUUUGGUGCAUUCUACCGCAGCUACACCACCCAGCUCACCAUGAAUGUCCCCUUCCAGGCCAUUCACUUCAUCACCUAUGAGUUCAUGCAGGAGCAAAUCAACCCUCGCCGGGAGUAUAACCCUCGGUCGCACAUCGUCUCCGGUGCCGUUGCAGGGGCUGUGGCUGCUGCGGCCACCACUCCUCUCGAUGUCUGCAAGACCCUGCUCAACACUCAGGAGAACACGGCCUUAAGCUCGGUGAACAUCAGCGGGCACCUCUCGGGCAUGGUGAACGCCUUCAAGACUGUCUACCGGCUCGGGGGCAUCUCGGGGUAUUUUAGAGGGGUGCAGGCACGAGUCAUUUACCAGAUGCCAUCAACAGCCAUUGCGUGGUCAGUGUAUGAGUUCUUUAAGUACUUUCUCACAAAGCACAAGUUGGAAAAAAGAACAUCCUUUUGAAGGACUUUCCAGGAGCGAACGCGAGCCGCCGUGUCCCCUCUGUGCGUGCCUGCGUGCAGGCCAGCAAGCCCUGGGUCUCUUAAGGAAUGUGCCGGGUUUCGGGUGGAUUCACAGCUGAAGUCCACUUCCCUCCUCUGGGGGAAGGAGGGUUUAAGUGGUCCUCAGUCACGUGUUCCCCUUAUUGCUUAAACAAUGAAAUAGCUUAUGAAGACUUAUAAUGAUAUAUCUAUUUAAUAACUUUAUUUUGGAGAAGUGAAAUUGCUAACUGAUAUUUUUCUCUGAUACUUUUGAAGAUGUAGUUUACUUCCUCACCAGAAGGCUUAGGUUAUACAGCCUAGGCUGUUUUUUUACAGCAAAGAAGCAAAAUAUCCUGUCACAGAACUUACUUUUAUAUGAAUUUAAAAUAGAUGGAUAAUGUUUAUCCUUUAUUUUUCUAUGUAGGCAUUUGGUUUGUUUUUAAAUACUAUUACAGCUAGGUGCUGAGCUGUUUAAAAAGGGCUAAAUUCUUCCACCAUGUGUAAGGGAGACACGAGCAUUUAUUUUUAUAGCCAGAUUGGCUUUAAUUAUACAGCAUUUGGACCCCAGGUGGUGGCCUGGUUUCUCAUGUGGAUGUCAAGGUACUUGGUAACCCCUGGAGACUCGCUGGGGAUGGGCAGGAGGAGCGGGAGCAACACCUGCUUUGGGAAGGUAGGAGGUCAAGUGGGGCACCCAGAACACCUGGUCCCUUUGGGGAGGGGAACUCCAUCAAUUCUGCUUUUUUACAUGGAAACUCUUAAUGUAGAUUUUACAGACUAUUUUUUUUUUUUUUUUUGCAAACACUUUUUAAAGGUACACUUUUCUAUGGUGUGUGUGUGUGUGUGAUAGCUAAAUAGGCUUUAUCCUCUCUUAAUUUAUUCAUACUUAAUUUUACUAAGGCCCCGAUCCUGCUCGCGGGAGUAACCCUGCGCCUCCAGUUGGCUCGGGGCUAGCUGGUGUGCAUCGAGGUGUGUGGGGGAGCAGAGCUUUUGGUGUGGCUUUUGGCAAAAUCAGGCCUGCUUUGGCAGGGUAUCGGCUCCGUUCCUCUCCGCGGGCG